AUGCCGGAGGCUGGUUGGACCAAGAUGUCCGAGAAUGAACGCGGCCUGGCCAAGAAGUGGUACUCUCAGGGCAAGAAGCCGUCAGAGAUCGGCGAGUUGCUCGGAAGGGACACGUCAUCAGUGACCCGCUUGCUCUGUCUUCAGAAGCCUGUCUUGAAGCAAGGCCGCCCUUGCUCUCUAACCAUGGCGCAAGUCGACUUCCUCGAGAAGAAGCUGGACGACAUGAUCGUGAAGGCCAAUGGGCAGCGCACUGUUACCGUCCAGGACCUGAAGAAGACAACAAAGACCAAGGCUUCGUGCCGCAGCAUUCUCAGGGCUCUGCACGAUCGCAACAUCUACUUCCGCAAGCUGCGGGAAAAGCCUCUGCUCACCCCCGAGGAUGUCCGAGCACGCUUUCACUUCGCCAAGAAGUAUCGCAGCAAGAGCAGGGCCUGGUGGGUCAAGAACGUUGAUGCCUUCAUUGAUGGAAAGCACUUCCAGGUGGGCGUCGGGAAAGGUAAGGCUGUCACCGUGCACGAGGUCACCGAUGGCCGCUGGAGUGGCCAGGCUGCCGCCAGCUUCUACCACACUUUGGCGCGUGACUUGAAGAAAGCUUCGCCCGCCAAACGCCGCUUCACGAUCUUGGAGGACAACGACCCUACUGGGUACAAGUCGGCCAAGGGCAUUGCUGCCAAGUGCGACGCAGGUUUACUUGUCUUCGAGAUCCCAAAGCGCAGCCCUGACUUGUCGGUGUUGGAUUAUGCCAUCUGGACCGAGAUCAACAAGCGGCUGCGCCGGCAAGAGAGCAAGUGGACAAAGGGUAAGAAAGAAACGCGGGCUGCCUACAUCAAGCGCUUGAAGCUCACGGCCCGCUCCUUGCCCAAGGAUUUCAUCCUCAACAGCAUUGGCGACAUGGCUCGGCGCUGCCAGAGGCUUUACGAGGCGAAGGGCUACUUCUUCGAGGAGGGCGGUUCUGACCCAUGA